AUGGCGCCGAAAGGAAAAGGAAAAGGAGUUAAAAAGCCGCCAGUAAUCAUCAUCGAUGGCGUCGAUACAUCGGAAAUGACGAGAGAAAAACUCGAACAAUUCACUCUUAAAGUUAAAGAAGAAUUAGAUAAAGAAAGAGAAGAACGAAACUACUUCCAAUUGGAAAGAGAUAAAAUACGUACUUUCUGGGAAAUAACUAGACAACAACUGGAAGAGGCGAAAGCAGAAUUACGAAAUAAAGAAAGAGCCACAGAAGAGACACAAGAAGAGAAUGAAGCUUUGUUAGAAACUGAAAAGCAAAAAAUAAAACACCUAAAGUAUGAGCAACAAGCUGCUGCAGCCGCUUUGAGAGCUGAAAAUUUAGUGGCCCUAAAAGCGGCAAAAGAAGAACACACUGAACAAGAGUUAGAAUUAUUAAACGAUAAAAGAGCAUUGAGACAAGAAAUUAAAGAGCAUAUGUUAGCAGCACAAGAUGAAUUGAGAAGAGCUAAACUGGUGCAUGCAGAAGAAUUAUCCAAAGCAAGAGCAGUGUUCGAAGAAAAAGCCAGACAAAUAGAAGAUAAAGCUGAAAGAAAACUUAAUGAAACAAAAGUUGAGUUAACUGUCAAACAUAGGACUGAAAUGGCGGAGGUAGAAGAAAGGAAAAAUAAACAAUUAUCAGAAUUAAUUUCUCAUCAUGAGAGAGCUUUUGCAGAUCUGAAAAAUUAUUAUAACGAUAUCACACUAAACAAUUUAGGCCUUAUUAGCAGUUUAAGGACACAGAUGGAGAGCAUGCAAAAAGUAAAGGAGAGGGCGGAAAAGAUUGCAAGAGAUGCAGUUGCCGAAGCUAAAGGCCUCAGGGAACCGCUUGAAGCUGCUAUCAUAGAUAACAAAGAACUUAAAAGACAAAUGGCCAACUAUGACAGAGAUAAGGCUGCGUUGGCUGCUAAAACGAAACAGCUUGCGGUACUGGAAAAACAAUUUGAGGUUCUUAAAUGGGAGUAUGAAGUGCUCCAAGUCCGGUUCGACCGCAUCCAGAAGGAACGAAAUGAACUAAAGGCCAGAUUCUCUAGAGCUGUUCUCGAAGUGCAACAGAGAGCGUCGUUGAAAACCGCUCUGCUCGAAACCAAGUUGAAGAAUAUUGAAGGAAGAGCCACUGCACCUACAGAGAUCCAUGAACUCCUGAAGCACAAAGACACUCAAAUAGAAGAUCUACGAUACGAAGCAGCUCGCCUACGUAAAGCCCAUGACGAUCUACUAGCAACUUAUGAAGCCAAGCUUGCUAAGUUGGGUGUACCGGCUGAAGAACUUGGUUUUAAGCCCCUGAAAGCAGUGGCUGUGGCUGGCUUGGCACCAGUUAUAGGUCAAGGCCCUGCUGGACUUGUUACUCGCGAUCCGUAA